GCUCCUUUAAUGGUCAACUUAGCAAAAGUCCGUGAAUUGGAGUCCAACUCAAGUUGAACGUGGAUAUUUCGUCUACAUUCCUACUGGAUGAAUUUCAUUUUGUAUCACCCGCUGGGGUCCACUCCACAGUCCUAUGACACUUGGAAUACCUCCAGAUGGAUUCCCAAAGUUUAUCCGGACUUUCCUGCUUUCGUUUAUCGGAAUCGGAAUACACCGAGCUCCUUAAUCACAGUUUUGUCAUUCCACUGCUUUACGCUACCGACGUUUCUUACUGAGAAUUUUCAAAGCCAAAACCGACAGAUUUUGGUCGACUCAAUACUUUUUCAAUAGAACAAAGGAUAUUGACAUUCAAGGCUUCUGUUAAGGAUUUGUUACAUUGUGCAAGUCACGUCUAAAAAACCUCGUUUGCGUUGAAAUAAAUUACCACCAACGCCGCGUAUUUCACGUCUUUUCAUAGCUGGCUGGUCUAAUACACACAUCAAGCGGGUCCCCUUCCCCUAGAACCCGAUUGUUCUCCGACCAUCGUGGACUGAUUUGCAACCAUCAUCGCUCGAAACAACAGUAUGUACACGCCGAGGUCCUCCGAGCAGGCAUAAGAGAAACAAUUGAAGCAUCGUUGAGCGUUUCUGACCAUUCCAUGCUCUUGCCUACGGGCACUCACCCAACAUGGCUCGUCCAGGAGCCGAGGAAAACUUCUCUGACAACCUCGAUGCUGAGAAACAAACCGUCUCUACUGCAGUACCUUUCGACGAAGCGGCAGAACGAGCUCUGAUCCGCAGAAUAGAUUUGCGCAUCAUACCUUAUCUGUCAUUCCUCUACCUCCUCUCAUUCCUCGAUCGCGUCAACAUCGGUAAUGCUAAAAUUGCAGGACUUGUCACCGACCUCCAUAUGACUGACCAGCAAUAUCUGUGGACGCUCACUAUCUUCUUCUUCCCGUAUGCAUUUUUCGAAGUUCCGUCCAACAUCUUGCUGAAGCGAUUGAGGCCGAGUGUGUGGAUUCCAACGAUUAUGAUGGCAUGGGGUACCGUCAUGACCCUCAUGGGUCUCGUGAAGAACUUCGAGGGCCUCCUCUCAGCUCGAUUCUUCCUCGGCGUCGCGGAGGCUGGACUCUAUCCAGGAGUGAGCUACUACCUCUCGUGCUGGUACAAGAAACGCGAAUUCGGCCUCCGAGCCGCAAUUUUCUUCUCCGCUGCCACGGCCUCGGGGGCCUUCGGCGGCCUCCUAGCCGCGGCAAUUUCGAAUAUGGAAGGAGUGGGCGAUUUGCCAGGCUGGGCGUGGAUAUUCAUCCUCGAAGGCCUGGUGACAGUCCUCGCAGGCUUCGCUUCGUUCUGGCUAGUCCCGGAUUUCCCCGACACCGCAAAAUUCUUGACGGCGGACGAGCGCGCGUUCAUCAUCGCGCGGCUGCAAGCGGAUGGCCAGCUCUCAGCGGGGCAUCACGAAUCGUUUAAUUUUGGCCGCUUAUGGAACGCUUGGAAGGACUGGAAGACGCCCGUCGUGAUGGUUAUCACCAUGGGCACGAUUGGGCCGCUGUAUGCCAUAUCGCUGUUCCUGCCGUCCAUCAUCAAGGAACUCGGUUACACAUCGACGCACGCUCAGCUGCUCACCGUGCCGCCGUACGUGGUGGCCUGCUUCUUCACCGUGUUGAUCGGGUACACUGCCGAUAAAUUUGGCCAGCGUGGGUUACACAGCGUCGCGUGUUUGGCAGUCUCGAUCACGGGCUGCCUCAUGAACAUCGUUUCUUCGUCUGGAGCUGCGGUGCGCUACGCCGGCGUGUUCCUCGUGGCCGCCGGGCUGUACCCCGUGGCUACGACCGUCAUGGCCUGGAUCGCGAACAAUGUCGAGGGUUCGUACAAACGCGGCAUUGUCAUGGCCACGGCGAUCGCGUUCGGAAAUAUUCAAGGAGUGGUCAGUUCGAACAUUUACAGGGCGAGAGACGCACCGCAUUAUCUUUUGGGGCACACGGUUGUUGUGGUGUAUCUGGUGAUCGCCUUGAGUGCGUGCGUUGUUUUCUGGAUUGCGCUAGCAGCGGAAAAUCGGAAGAGGGACAGAGGCGAGAGAAAGUAUAGAAUCAAGACUGGCACCGAGCAGGAGAAGCUGGAGUUGGGUGACAUGCACCCGGAUUUUAGAUAUACGGUCUGAGCCGAGAUUGAAAACUUCAGACAGAGAUUGAUAGCAAUGACGAAUCAUCCACACCACGAAAACUGUAGAGCAUGAAACCGUUUACGUCUUCUGCUGGGGUUUCACGAGAUGGGGGCCAAGUACUCAGCAGGGCGUUGACGGUAAGAUUUCGUGUGUUAUGGCUCGUUCUCCGUAGGAAAAUCCGUCCUUCAUACCUCGUCCGUUAUCAAUUUUUCUCCCAGAGAGAUGAGGACAUUACGAUAGACUUUUUACAGUCUGAACGGAAAGCCACAUCCAGAAUAGCAUAGAAAGGCUGAGUUCAAGAUUUUAGAGCUGAGGAAACGAUCAUUCACAAUUCUGAUCACACAGUUUCAGACCUUCAGAUCCACUCCAGUGAGACCCAUUCCACUAUUCUGGGAAGCUUGACCUUAGAAUGCUCGCUGCAGGUUUUUGGGAGGCUGGUUGGGUGGAUUGCAGAGUAGCUGAUUGAGCUUUUGGUUAAAGUGAUUUGAUUUAGCCUGGGCAGAAGACAGCGUGUUCGGUAACCUUUAAUCGAGCCUCCAACCGUCUAAGAGAUUGGAGGAAGCAGGAAAGCGAACAUCUCCCUACAUUAUCUCUAUUUCCGAGAGAAUGUGCUUAGUUCUGUACAUUUUCCUGGUGGCGAGGAUUCUACUUAGUAACCCUGCACUGAACAAGAUUGCGGGUGACAAGACCGGGGCGAGCAAAUGACAUUUCACAACUUUUUUUCGAGAUGUUUUAAUUCUCAUGUAAAGUAGCUGCUAGUUUUGCAUAAUUGUGGGGACUAGCCGCUGGUUAUCCGUUGGGUUCAUACUUGUCCAGCUUGAUGGGUUCUUUCCAUCUUAUUUUUUGGCCCCUACAUCUACUUUUUGAUGACCUCCGUGAAAAGAACAGCAGUACAAUUGACCAAUGUUCUCCACCUACCUCAUUACUCUUGACUUUCCAACGAACUUUGUUUACAUAGCGGUGAGGUUACUCCUUGGUUGGUACCACCCAUCUACAUAUCCACUAUUAUUUCUAAAGCCACGAGGUACACUUUGGCUUGGUCAACCCAUUUAAAUAUACAAUAUUCGCAAAGAAUGUGAUGUGAAUGUGAU